AGAGAUUUGGCCUGUAUACGGAAUGGAAGAAAAUACAGAUAUUAACUUGAGUUCUGGUAAAGUUGAAUCGCCCAGUGGUCGUGAUGAUGGAGACAAAUUCAACCUUCAGAGAAAAAUCUUUGUUGGAAACAUCAGCUACAGGGUGAAGCAGCACCAGUUGACUAAACACUUCAGUCAGUUUGGAACAGUAGAUUACUGCUAUGUUGUAAAAGACCACCUGAAGAAAUGGUCCCGUGGCAUUGCCUUUGUUACCUUUCAAGACAAGAAGAGUAUGACCAGAGCAUUGCAAGCUACAGAUGAGGAACUAAUGUUAGAUGGAAGGUUGAUGCGAGUCGCUCCUGCAGAAGAAUCGAAGCGUGUAUCAUACUCUGAAGGAGCUAAUUGGCAGACCCGACUUCCUCCCUCCCUACCAACCCAGACCCAGGAUGGUGAUACAUGUGAAUCAGACUUCCAUUGUAGUGAACAGGUAACACUGCCAAAUGUGUCACACCUAGAGCUUGAUGCCUGUGGAGAAUGUGCGAUCCAACGGCUGUAUGAUGACAGCCUCAUGCUCAUCUUCUCCUUUCUGUCUGUUAAAGAACAUGUUAGAGUUGAAAGGGUGUGUAGAAGGUGGCGCCACUUAGCCCAGAAAUCUUGGAAUCGACAACACAAGCUUCAAUUCCGACACAUGUUCAAAGGAUUCAUUAAAGGUCUGACAGAUUCUAUCCUGAACAGCCUGUUACAGCGAUGUGGUGUCUAUUUGCGGGCACUGGACCUUUCUGCCUCCCCACAACUUCUCAGUGACCUGUGUGCUGACAGUAUUGGUGCCAACUGUCCAAACCUGACUGAGCUGAAUGUGUCUGGAGCUAGUGUCACAGAUGUUUCACUUAGGACCAUAGCACAAGCUUGUCCUAAACUCAGGGGGUUUAUCCAAGAAAGAAGUUUCUAUGUUGGCGAUAAAGGGUUGACUUCGCUUUUCCAAGGCUGUCAGUCACUGGAGCAUGUAGAUGUACAGAACAAUGCUGGAAUAGUAGGAGAUUGUUUCCAUUCUCUUCCUACAACGGUAAAGUACCUAAAUCUGGACCACUGUACCAAGUUGUCAGACUUGGGAUUACGAAAGAUUUGUCUGCGAUGCAAACACUUGACGGAGUUAUAUAUAAGUCAUUGUAAAUCUGUGACGGACCAAAGUCUCAUCAACAUCACACAGAAUCUUAAAAGGUUGAAAGUCCUACAUAUGGAAGGCAGUUAUUCACAAAUUACAUCUUCAGGCCUGAAGAAGAUUGGUCAGUUAAUUUUUUUGAAAGAAUUAAGCCUUUCUCAGAAUUCUGCUGUAGAUGAUGGAGUUUUAGUACAGUGUGCCGUAGGAUGCUCAAAUCUCACUAAUUUUGAUAUUUCUGGCUGUUACAAGCAUGUGACUGAUCUUGGAAUACAGGCCUUAACCAGGUGUUCUGAUCUGUCUUACCUAAACAUCAGUUACCUGUCUCAUGUGAGUGAUAGUUGUGUGGAGGCGCUCGCUACUUCUGGGAAGCUACAAUCACUGGUGGCCCGCACCUGUUCUGGUAUCACUGAUCGAGCUAUGAUGGCCUUUGCCGACCUUUGCUAUGGCCUGGAACUUGUGGAUCUCAGUGGGUGUUUUGAUAUUAGUAACCAUAGUGUGGAGAGGUUUAUAAUUACACGUAUGGAUGAAAACUCCAAACCUCUCACCAUAGUCCUUGGAGGAACAUCAGCGGAGCCAGAACACCUUGAUACAUCGAGAAGCAGUGUAACCAUCAAUAUGUACAACCUGUCAAUGCCUCACCUCAAGGCAGACCGUGAGAUCAUGUUACGACCAGCUGACAGUAGCAGCGAGGAGGAGGAGGAGAAGGAGGAGGAGGGUGGUGGCCAGAGUGAACCUGUGUCAUUGUGUCAUCAGUCUGUAAUGGCUGCUGGAGCAGAAAUUACGUCCGACAAUGAAUGGGACGUUAAUGAGCUGGACGGAUUUGAAUGUGACGAUUACCUUAUUGGGGAUGACCCCCUUGAGGAAGAGAGGUGGUCACUGUCUUGAAUAUUUUUAAGGUAUAGACAGAGGCCUGAGUAUUGGCCGACUGCUAUUGGUCAAGAUCUGAAAAUGGUCUGGAAAUUACACUACUGUUGAAAAGAUGCUCAAUGCCCAAAAUACUAAAGUAUAUCUCAUCUCUUACACUAGAGAAGAUGUUAAGUGUCCUGAAUGUAGUCUGGUUACAGGAAAAUAAAGCUAUCGGAAAAUCAAGUCUGUCCUGAACGUUAUCAAUAUUCAGAAAGUCUCUAGAAUAUACCUGGUAAAAGAUGGUUACCCUCUGGAAGCCAAGGUCCCUCUAGGACCUAUCCAUUGAAUUCUUUUAAAUGUACUGGAUGUUGAAUUGAAAUGGUUAAUUCCAGGUCAUCCAUCCGCGUAAAAUUGUUAAACGCAAUAGAUUGUAAAAUAAAGACAAAUAUUUUCAGUAAAA